UGCUCUCUGGCCGUAGGGGGCCUGCGCUGCUGGUGGGCGGGACUGUUGUCGGGGCAAGUGACAGCUGAAGCCGGCCCAGAACGAACCUCUGGUGCAGCCUUCGGGCUCCGCCCCCCAGCUCUGCAGUUCGAGCGCGUUCCCCCCACCCCACACCGUUCCCGCAGUCUGGACAGGCCGGGUUCAGCCACUGCUUUCAUGUAGAACCUGAAACUGAAUAGACCAUGAAGGUCAAGGUUAUUUCAGUACUGGAAGACAAUUAUAUGUAUUUGGUCAUUGAAGAGAAUACCAGAGAAGCCAUUGCAGUAGAUGCAGCAGUUCCCAAAAGGUUGCUGGAAAUUGUCCAGAAGGAGGGAGUGAAGCUAACAACUGUCCUGACCACUCAUCAUCACUGGGAUCAUUCCAGGGGCAAUGAGGAGCUGAUGCAACUGUGUCCAGGACUUCAGGUGUAUGGUGCUGAUGAGCGUAUUGGUGCCUUAACACACAAGUUGACUCACAACCAGGAACUCAAGUUUGGAGCCAUCUGUGUGCGGUGCUUGCUCACACCUGGCCACACCUUGGGCCACAUGUGUUACUUCAUGUGGGAAGACAACUGUCCAGAUGCUCCAGCUGUGUUCUCAGGCGAUGCCUUGUUCAUCGGUGGUUGUGGUCGACUCCUGGAAGGGACGCCAGAACAAAUGUAUCGGAGCCUCAAUGAAGCACUGGGGACUCUGCCCAAGGAAACCAAAGUGUUCUGUGGACACGAGCACACUGUCAGGAAUCUCAAAUUUGCUUUGAAGGUAGAGCCUGAUAAUGAAACUGUGAAAACAAAGUUGGCUUGGGCCAAAGCUAGAGACGAUGACGACAUACCCACAGUGCCUUCAACCCUGGGAGAGGAGUUUCACUACAACCCUUUCCUGAGAGUAGCAUCAUACAAUUCCAUUUUGGAGUUGGAAGGGCCUUUCGAGUCUGAUAAUUCAGUUCCUAACCUGAGGUACAAAUCUGAUCUACAGAAUCCAUAAACGGUCAUUCAGUCUUGAAUGCCUCUAGUAAGACUUGAUGCUUUAUGAUAACACCCAUCUCAUUUUGGAGACUGAUUCUUAGGAAGUUUUUCCUUGGAUGGACCUGAAAUCUAUGGCUGUGUUACUUUUUUUCUCAUCUUUCCCUAUUCUGACCUUCCCUGCCAGCUAUUCCUCAGGGUACACAUUUGCAGUUUUGUCAACCAUUCCUCAUAUGGCAUGAGCUUGAGAUCCUUCACUGUCUUGGCACACCUCUGGGCUAUCUCCAGCUUAUUUGUGUCCUUCCUAAAAUGUAAUGCUAAGAACUGAACCGGACACUGUGUAUCUUUUAAUGAAGCCCAAAACUGGGCUGAAAAGCAAAGGUAGCAUUAUGGACUAGAAGGCUAGCCUUGGCAUUGAGAUGUAAGUUCAGGUCCCAUCUCUGACACACACUGGCUUUGUGACCUUGGGCAAGUCACCUACCCAGGAAAACACUGAAAAACUGAGUUGGAGAAUACUUGCCUUGGUAGAGGAAAUUUUCCCACCAGGAAUCCCCCUAUUCCACUGAAAUCACAGGUCUUGGUUGCCUUAUCAUACUGAGGCUGCAGCCUCCAAAUCUUUUCUCUGCUUCCUAGACAAGCCUCCCUCCAUCUCAUACUUUGUGAAGCUGAUUUUUAAAAUCCAUGUGCUAUUGUGGUCCAUCUUAUUAAAUUCAGCUUAUUGAGUCUAUAUGUAGUUUCAUCCACAAGCAGAGCAUGAUUGUAUCAAAUGUGUUGUGCUCCUCUGAUCUAGCAAUCCUGUCAAAAAAGGAAAGCUGGUCAGUGUGGCCUGCUCAGUUCUGGGAGCUCUUCUUCCUUUUCUAACCUUUCAUUAACUGUUUAAUAAUAAGUUCUAGAAUUCUGCAAGGAAUAGAAGUUAAUUUUCCAACCCCUUUCCUUUUAAAAAAGAUUAAGACAUUUGUCUUCUCUGGUCUUAAGGCUCCUUUCUUGUCCAAAAUUUUGUAAAGACCACUGACAGUGGCCCAGCAGCCACACUGUCAGUUAAUGGCUUGGGAUGGGGUUUAUUUGCACUAGGUGUCUUGAAUCCAUUAAAGGCAAUUACUUUUGCCUUACUUGGGAAUCCAUUCUCUAUUAGCCAUUUUUAUUCUGUCCUUUCUAGCUCAGAGAUCAUUGUUCUUGGAAGAGAAAACAAUUCAUUUAGGACAAAGCAAAAUAAAGAGUUGAAUAACUGCUAUCAGUUACCAUUGCCCAAUCUGCCAUGAGUAGCAGCAAUCCUAUCCCUUCUUUGAUCUUCUUUUCCAGUAAACAUUGUUUUUUCCCCCAACACUUUAUUUUGAUUUUCUUACUAUUCCUCAACUUCUUAUAACUUUAAUAUGUUCAGAACUUUAGCUUUCCUGACACUUUUUUUAAACCCUUACUCUUUGUCUUAGUAUCAACUCUAAGAUAAAAGGGUAAGGGCUGAGCAAAUGGAGUUAAGUGACUUACCCAGGGUAAUACAGCUGAGGCCAGACUUGAACCCAGGCCCUCCCACCUCCAGGCCUGACUCUCUAUCCAUCUAUCUAUCUGAUCUAGCUGCUCCUCCUGAUGCUUUCUUUUAGAACUAUGCUAUACUUUUGUAUUUGUCUUCCAUUCCUUGACUUUGCUUUCAUAUUUUUUAAAACUUUUUUUAUUAGAAGCUGGUUGGCAAGUUGCCUUCAAAUCAGUCCUUUUAGAUAACUCUCCUUUUCUCUCCUCUUUGGAAUUGUUUCUUUUUUUUUUUUAACUACAGAAUUUCAUUUUUGAGAUCUUCCAAUUCCUCCUAGACUAUAUUCCUUUGCAGCAUUUUAUUCAUUUGUUCAUUUAAACCCUUACCUUCUGCCUUAGAAUCAAUACAGUGUAUUGGUUCCAAGACAGAAGAGUGGUCAGGGCUAGGCAAUGGGGGUUAAGUGACUUGCCCAGGGUCACACAAUUAGGACGUGUCUGAGAUUUGAACCUAGGACCUCCUGUCUCUUGGCCUGGCUCUCAAUCCACUGAGCCACCCAACUGCCCCCUGUAGCAUUUUAGUUUGUAGCACGCUGGCAUUUCUUGAACCCUUUGAUAUCUGCACUCCCAAAAAUCUAAGGUGCCUAUUAGAUGCUCAUCUUUACUCUUUACUCC